AGUGUUGCUGGUUCCACAGUCGGCCAUGUUUGAGUGAAAGUGUGGUGGCAUCCGUUAAAAUUGUCUCAGGUAAAAUACCGAAAUGGCCAACAAUCUCACACUUGGUACCAUUGAGGUUCAUCUUGAACAUUCUGGAGACGAAAGUGAGGAUGAUGAUGACGAUGUAGUCGAACAAAGUCCUUGUGGACGAUGGGAGAAGCGAAGGCAAGAGGUAAUGCAGAGGGAUGUCCCAGGCAUUGAUCAUUCAUUCUUAGCCAUGGACACAGAAGAAGGAGUCGAGGUGGUUUGGAAUGAAGUGCAGUUUUCUGAAAGGAAAUCCUUCAAGAGUCAAGAGGAAAAUGUGAAAGCUGUCUUUGAAAAUCUGAUUCAACUGGAUCAUGCAAACAUUGUUAAAUUCCAUAAGUUCUGGACGGAUACCAGGUCUGAAAAACCUCGCGUCAUCUUUAUCACUGAAUACAUGACAUCUGGUUCGCUGAAACAGUUCCUGAAGAAGACGCGAAAGAGUAAUUAUAAGACAUUGAAUGAAAAGGUGUGGAAAAGAUGGUUACGACAAAUUUUGUCAGCUUUGAGCUAUCUCCAUGGCUGUGACACACCCAUUGUUCAUGGGAACUUGUCCUGUGAUACAAUAUUUAUCCAGCACAAUGGGCUGAUCAAGAUUGGAUCUGUUGCUCCUGACACCAUUCAUAACCAUGUCAAGACUUAUCGAGACGAAAGGCGGAAUAUGCAUUUUAUUGCCCCAGAAUAUGGAAAACCUGGACAUGUCAUUGACUGUGCAGUUGAUAUUUAUGCUUUUGGGAUAUGUGCACUUGAGAUGGCAGCUUUAGAACUGCAUGACACCGACGGGCCAGUGUUACGAGAAAAUAUCUACAAAGCUAUUGAUGGAUUAGAACAGCCACACCAAAAGGAUUUUAUACGGAGGUGUUUGGCUGAAAAUCCUGCUGAAAGACCUACUGCAAGGGACUUGUUAUUGCAUCCGGGCUUGUUUGUGGUUCAUUCACUCAAGUUGUUGUCAGCUCACUGUAUGGUGGACAAUGAUGUGUCUCCUCCCGACAAGGGUGAAGAUACUGAUCCAGAGAGAGUGCUGGCUGUCAUUGGAAAGGAUCAAAAUUGGAAACGAGGCAAAUCUCCUGCUCUGGAACUUGAGAAGUAUUUGGAAGAAGUAAGAAAUGGCCUUUUUCCUCUGACUGGAAUGCAACAAAGAAAAGAAUCAAGACCAAGACAAAGACCCAAGUCUCCUGAAGAUGUGGAGUCUGUACUAAAUGAAAAAGAUGAUCACUAUGAUGAAGAAACAAGAAGGGCAAUCAUAAAUAAAUGUCACAUCAAAAUGAUGCCUCAGGAGGGUGGAGAUAGUAAAUACCAAAGCCAGUUGGAACUACUUCUCAAGUUGGAUGACAAGAUGAAUAGACAUCUUAUGUGUGAUAUACGUCCAGGUGACAAGGGAGGAGAUCUGGCCGAUGAUUUGAUCAGAUGUGGACUCGUAAACAAGGCUGAUCGUGAUGUUCUAGCUAUAGCCAUGCAGGAGCAGUUAGAUUCCUACCUUGCUAUGAAGGCCUUUAGCUAUCUGGCUAUUCUAAGAGUUUUGCAGGAGUUGGGAAGGGGGGGGGGGGGGGNUCAUUCACUCAAGUUGUUGUCAGCUCACUGUAUGGUGGACAAUGAUGUGUCUCCUCCCGACAAGGGUGAAGAUACUGAUCCAGAGAGAGUGCUGGCUGUCAUUGGAAAGGAUCAAAAUUGGAAACGAGGCAAAUCUCCUGCUCUGGAACUUGAGAAGUAUUUGGAAGAAGUAAGAAAUGGCCUUUUUCCUCUGACUGGAAUGCAACAAAGAAAAGAAUCAAGACCAAGACAAAGACCCAAGUCUCCUGAAGAUGUGGAGUCUGUACUAAAUGAAAAAGAUGAUCACUAUGAUGAAGAAACAAGAAGGGCAAUCAUAAAUAAAUGUCACAUCAAAAUGAUGCCUCAGGAGGGUGGAGAUAGUAAAUACCAAAGCCAGUUGGAACUACUUCUCAAGUUGGAUGACAAGAUGAAUAGACAUCUUAUGUGUGAUAUACGUCCAGGUGACAAGGGAGGAGAUCUGGCCGAUGAUUUGAUCAGAUGUGGACUCGUAAACAAGGCUGAUCGUGAUGUUCUAGCUAUAGCCAUGCAGGAGCAGUUAGAUUCCUACCUUGCUAUGAAGGCCUAGUUCAUAACCCAUUGUGCUGUUGAAAACAAACAAACAAACGAACACAGCCAGUCAGAGGCAAAUCCUUGUGGCAGCUUACCUUUCUUGAAUACCUUUGUAAAUACGGAAGAAAUUAAUCUAAAGAUGCUUCUUGAGUUCUGUAACCUAUGGUCUUGACUCACGGAUAAUUUGGCUGAGUAAAAGCGCGUACAUUUUACGAAAAAGGGUAGAGACUCGGGAGUAUUUGAGGAAAGGAGCGUCGCAAGAAAAUGUUGAAGGAAAAAGAUUUGCGACAAUAGUGUAGGAAUGGUGAACGAUUUAUUACAGGAGGCUGUGUUCCCGAAAAAUUUAUAACAACUCGGCUUCAGUGAAGUUUCAUGCCACUCGGGACGGCUCAGAAUGAGUAGUAGUUAUGAACCGUUGACGUUAUGUAAUUUAUUGCUAACGUUUGUCUUUACCUUUUUAUUACAAAUUCAAGAAGGCUAGUUACGAAAAAGAGGAAAAAAUAUCAGGGUAAAAACAAGGCUAGUGUUUCAACCGCUGUUUGGGAAAAUGGGAGCGGUGGAAAUCGAACCUAGUAAAAAAAGAAUAAUAUUGAUCUAAAAUCAAAUUGUCUCAGCAAGAAUUAAACUUGAAAAUGUAUAAAAUUCAGUACCGAGCUUGGGGGUGAAGCGAUCAGGUCGGUGUGAGGCCAGGCAAAAUCGUGUCACGUACCAAGAACUGAGACAUAAAGUCAAUAAGAUGUUGAAUUAUCGUAAAAUUACAAUUAUUUAUCAAAUAAACUUGUUCUUCAGUCGC